AUGGCAACGCUAUCUAAAAUAUACGGUCCAGUCAUGUAUCUCCAAUAUGGUCGUGUACCAACAGUAGUAAUCUCAUCUGUUGAGGCUGCCGAACAAGUCCUGAAAACACAAGAUGCUGAGUUUUGUAAUAGACUUCGACUUGCUAGACGAAAACGCCUUUCAUAUAAUUACGUAGAUAUGGUUUUUGCACCUUAUGGAGAGUAUUGGAGAGAAAUUCGAAAAGUCUGCGUCCUUGAACUUUUGAGUGCAAAAAGGGUGCAAUCUUUUAAGGCAGUCAGGGCGGAGGAAAUUGAUGUUUUGAUUAAUUCCAUAUCAUCAUGUUCUUCAAAUACUACUACUGUCAACCUUUUUGAAAAGGCAACAACCUUUACUCAUAAAACAAUCUGUAAGAUUGCUUUGGGUAGCACAGCUUGUCAAACUAGGAGUACAUUUGAUAAUGGAGGACUUACCAAACUUCUUCGUGAAGUCGCUGCUGUGACUAGUUUAUCUGCAUCUGAUUUCUUUCCAAAGAAUGUAUAUCUUGGUGGCGUGGACUCAACAGCUGUAAUAAUAAAUUGGGCAAUGACAGAACUGGUUAAGAAUCCGAAAGCAAUGAAGAAAGUUCAAGAAGAGGUUAGAAAUCAUGUCGGGUCGAAAGGAAAAGCAGAAGAAUCUGAUCUUGAUAAACUCCAAUACUUAAAAAAUGCUAGUUAA